AGAGGGAGGGAGGGAGAGUUGUAUACUCAGAUAAGAGAGGGAAAAAAGCGAGGGAAAAUACAACUCCUGUACUACUAUUACUCAUUACUAAAGACAGGAGGAGAGGAAGAGGAGCGGCCUCAGCUCCGGCCUCCGGUUUCGGCGCUUUUUUUCCUGGUUGCUUUUGAACUUUGGAGUCGGAUCUCUCUUUGAGAGCUGCCGUGCUAAACUUUGGGAGGGCGUUUCCUAGGGUUUCCUGCCUUCGAUUUUGGGAUCUCCAUCCUCCUUUACUUGUCAGAUCUUCGAUCCGAGUAUCUGUGCUUCCUACUGCUUCUGCUCUGAUCCCAUGACCAUGGAAGAUGAUGGAAUCAACAAACCUUCCACUCCACCCAAGCUGGUGGAUUCCCAAGUUGGAAGUGGAAUUGGAGCUGAAGGUGGAGCUACUCCCUCCACCACCUCCAUUGAUGUCCGAUUCUCUGAGUUUUGCAAGAAUGCAUCAUUAUCAAUGGAUGGCAGCACUUUGCCGCAAGCAUUACAUUUGUUUAACGAAAGCAGGCAUCUUUUGGCUGCCAAUGUUUCUGCCAUUGGAAGUGGCACGGCUGAUGAAGCAGAACGUUAUUGGUUUGCAUUUGUUCUUUUCACUGUCAAGAAGUUGGGUGUGAGGGAAGUAGAUACUUCCAGUCCAGGACAUGUUGAUGAAAAUGGAUUUACUUUAUGCCAAAUUUUAAGACUUGCAAAGCUCAAUGUAGGUGAUUUUUUCAAAGAACUUCCUCACUUUAUUCUCAAAGUUGCGCCCAUUUUAACUAAUCUUUACGGUGUUGAUUGGGAGAAGAGACUUGAGGCAAAGCAAAUGCAGACAAACUUUGUACACUUGAGCCUGUUGAGCAAGUACUAUAAGCGCACAUACGGGGAGAUCUUUUUGACGAAUGAUGCCACUGACAAGCUCUCCGCUUUUGCCAAUGAUACUGGAUACACUUUGGACUAUCGUCGUUUUGGAUGGUUGCUAUUUCUGGUGCUUCGGGUUCGUGUAUUUGGUCGUUUUAAGGACUUAGUGACCAGCACUAACGGUCUACUUUCAAUUCUGGCUAUUUUGAUUAUACAUGUUCCAGUAUGCUACAGGAACUUGAACAUCAAUGACUCUUCAAGAUUUGUUAAGAAAGGUGAUAAAGUAGACCUAAUUGCAUCCCUUAGCAAAUUAUACGAGACAUCGGAAGAUGAGUUAAAGAGAAUGCUGGAAAAAUCCAACCAGCUUAUCACAGAUAUAUUGAAGAAGAAGCCGCACAUGGCAUCAAAAUGCAGAAUAGAAAACGUGGACAGGAUUGACACAGAUGAAUUGGUCUAUUUUGAAGAUCUAAUGGACGAAUCAUCUUUAUCUUCUAGUAUGACAAUACUGGAAAAAAAUUAUGAUGACGCGAUUCGAAAUAAAGGUGACUUAGAUGAAAGAAUCUUUAUUAAUGACGAUGAUAGUUUGCUCGGAUCUGGGAGCUUGUCUGGUGGUGCAAUAAACAUGAAUGGAGCAAAGAGGAAGAUUGAUUUGAUUGCAUCACCGGCAAAAACAAUCACAAGUCCACUCUCACCCUACCGCUCUCCUGCUCCAUCUCAUUUACAUUCUGUUCCUGGCAGUGGCAACCCAAGAAUGGCUGCUACUCCUGUAAGCACAGCUAUGAACACUGCAAAGUGGCUUCGAACUGUUAUUGCACCACUUCCAUCAAAACCCUCGGUUGAGUUGGAGAGGUUUCUUUCAUCAUGCGAUAGAGAUGUAACAGCUGAUGUGGUAAGGAGGUCCCAGGUAAUAUUGGAGGCUAUAUUUCCAAGUUGUGGCCCUGGGGAGUAUUCUGCAGCUGGAGGCCUUCAAACCACAAGCUUGAUGGAUGACAUAUGGGCAGAACAACGUAGACUUGAGGCAUUAAAGUUGUACUAUAGGGUUUUGCUUGCAAUGUGUGUGGCAGAGUCCCAAAUUUUGCACGCUAACAACUUAUCCUCUUUACUAACCAAUGAGCGGUUUCAUCGGUGUAUGCUUGCUUGUUCGGCAGAACUCGUUCUUGCCACACAUAAGACAGUGACAAUGUUGUUUCCAGCAGUGCUAGAAAGAACAGGUAUUACAGCUUUUGAUCUGAGCAAGGUGAUAGAGAGUUUCAUUAGACAUGAGGAAAGCCUUCCUAGGGAGUUGAGGCGACAUUUAAAUUCCUUGGAAGAACGACUUUUGGAGAGUAUGGUGUGGGAGAAGGGCUCUUCAAUGUACAAUUCUCUGACAGUUGCUAGGCCAGCACUUUCUGCAGAAAUAAACCGUCUUGGAUUGUUAGCUGAGCCAAUGCCAUCUUUGGAUGCAAUUGCUAUGCAUAUUAACAUGUCUUCUGUGUCAUCAUUACAGAAGCAAGAAAAUGCCCCUGGUGCAGUUCAGAAUGGAGAUAUUCGGUCACCCAAAAGGUUGUGCACCGAGUAUCGUAGUGUGCUGGUAGAGCGGAAUUCCUUCACGUCACCGGUGAAAGAUCGCCUGAUGGCACUUAACAAUCUGAAGUCAAAGCUUCCAGCACCAGCUUUACAGUCUGCAUUUGCCAGUCCUACAAGGCCAAAUCCUGGUGGUGGAGGGGAAACUUGUGCAGAAACUGCAAUUACUGUAUUCUUUGGCAAGAUUGUAAAGUUAGCAGCUGUCAGGAUUAAUGGCAUGGUCGAGCGGCUACAACUGCCUCAGCACAUGAGAGAGACUGUUUACUGUUUUUUCCAGAAAAUUCUUAGUCAGCGGACUACCCUUUUCUUCAACCGCCACAUUGACCAAAUUAUCCUCUGUUGUUUUUAUGGAGUUGCCAAGAUUUCGCAACUGAACCUGACGUUUAAGGAAAUCAUUUAUAACUACAGAAAACAACCACAAUGCAAGCCACAAGUUUUUCGCAGUGUUUUCAUUGACUGGAGAUCAGCACGCCGCAGCGGGAAAAGUGGGCAAGAUCAUGUUGAUAUUAUCACAUUUUACAAUGAAAUAUUUGUGCCUGCUGUGAAACCCCUUUUAGUUGAGCUUUCCCCAGCAGGAACAGCUCAAAAAGAUAAUCAAGUCGUAGGAGGUAGCAAUAACAAUGAGGGUCAAUGUCCCACAUCUCCGAAGACAUCUCCAUUUCCAAGUCUCCCUGACAUGUCUCCGAAGAAAGUCUCUGCUGCACACAAUGUAUACGUCUCUCCCCUGCGAUCAUCAAAGAUGGAUGCUUUGAUCUCACAUAGCUCCAAAAGCUAUUAUGCUUGUGUUGGAGAAAGCACACAUGCUUAUCAGAGCCCCUCGAAAGACUUGACUGCCAUCAAUAAUCGCUUGAAUGGUACUCGGAAGCUCAGGGGUGCACUGAAUUUUGAUGACGUUGAUGUUGGCUUGGUUAGUGACUCUCUAGUUGCGAACAGUUUGUACCUGCAGAAUGGGAACUGUGCAUCAUCAUCUGCACCCUUGAAACCUGAGCAACCUGACUUAUGAUGUUCAGUUCAUCAGUUGAAUAUUUUUGAUGUAAAUAUGCUUUUGGUUUUCUGCUUAUCAUUUUAUGUUGCUUUUUUCCAUUUUAAAGUAAUCUUGUGGCGGUGACACGGGGUAUUGCAUGAGCGGUAAAUUAUUGUAUUAUGCCGCCACGACCCCAAGUGGUCGUCAUGCUCAAUUCUGUUCGCAUCCGAUUCUGGAAAAUAUAUUUUGAGCUAGAUUAAGUCAUUUCUCGUAUAAUUUCAGUGUCCCUCAUCUCUGUUUAAUUCCAUUGCAUUUUCAUCA